AUGCUGGAUGUGGUGGAUCUGCUGCCACACAUCGCAGCAGUUCAUGAUCCUACCUUGACAACUGCGGCAGAGGCUCAAUCUCACUUUGCUCGCCUUCGACCGGCCCGGGAGGAGCUGGCACGUGCCAUCGACGCGCUUGUGCCGCUCGUUGCCAGCGAGCAGGCGCCUGUUGAGGAUCUGGCUCGUCUGCGAGUAGCGGUGCAGAGGAAGGCACGAAAGACUGUAUUGCUUGCUGCUCGUGCUGCAGGGCUGCCGCCCCCGGAUUCGUUUGAUCGCGUCCGGCCAGAGCAGUCGAUCCCGCUCGCGAGUCCAGAGUGCAGCCCGGUGGCGCCGCCAGAGAUUGAGCCGGACAGUGGCGACAACCCCGAUGUGACCCGGGAUGCGGGAGAUGGCUUGCUUGACGAAGCCUCCACGUCGAGCUGUGUGGGCAGAGUUGAGAGCACAUCGUCACUGCUGGCGACGGUGGCACUCCUGCAGAACGAGCUGCGGCGCAAGGAGAACGCAGUGGCCGAGGUGCGGGCGCAGGCUGCCCUCGACUGUCGUGCGUUGACCAAGAGAGUGGCAGCGGCAGAAGCGACGCUAGCGGCGGAGCGCAGUUCUCACGCCGAGGCAUUGGCUGCUGCCAAAGCCGAAGCCGCGCGGUACAAGACGAUGGCGGUCGAUCUGCUAUUCUCUCGCUGCCAUCAACGCGUCGCUGCAGGCUCAGGUGUGCGAGCUCGAGGCGACCCGGAUCCGGACCGAUGCGGUCGUUGA